UUUUUCAAUUUCCCCUCUUGAAUAACUCUACUGAAGCCUCAAAACCAGCUGUGACUCUGUGAGUAGUCGAAUAGUGGUGUUGGGGCACCAUUUCUGCAUUUCUCCUCCUCCAGAGUUCAGGGAUUGAAGACUAUCCUGUGAGUGCUGGAAAUUGCGAAAACUUGAUCCGGUCUUCCAUCUCUCCCAAUUUUAUUUUAUGGGAAACAAUGUUUAUCAAAGUACAACUGCCUUGGAAUGUGAUAAUCCCUUGUGAACAUAUGGAUGUGAAAGGUUUGAUGCUGCAGAAGUCAAUCAUACUACGACUGAUGGAAGAUUUUACAUCCAAGAAGGCAACCAAAGAGCUUGGUUAUCUGCUUGCAGUGACAACCCUGGACAACAUAGGAGAGGGGAGAGUCAGGCAGCAGACUGGAGAUGUUCUGUUUCCUGUUACCUUCAGUUGCCUCACCUUCAAGAUUUUCCGUGGAGAGGUUUUGGAAGGAACUGUACACAAAGUGUUGAGGCAUGGUGUGUUCUUGAGAUGUGGACCCAUCGAGACCAUAUUUCUUUCCGCUCAGAAGAUGCCUGGCUAUCAGCAUGUCCCUGGUGAAAGUCCUAUGUUCAUUAGUGAGAAGCAGUCAAAGAUUGAGAAAGAUGUUGUUGUGCGCUUUUGUGUCAUUGGGACUAAGUGGGUGGAGACUGAAAGGGAAUUUCAGGCCGUGGUUGGUUUGGAGGGAGACUAUCUUGGACCUGUCUGAUCUUAAAACUUGUUGCAUCUUUAAACUAAACCUGUCAACUUAUUCUCUAACUCUAGUAGGAUGUAAAUAUUUUGGUGUUACACCAUCAACUGUCUCUUGACUGUGUUACUCCUUUGGCUCAGAGAGUCAAGGCAUUGGCAACGCAAGUAUUACGACUGUCCAUCGUUUGUAAACCUGCAGAUGAGCUGAUUGUAAGCAUUUUCAACAUCAUGUGUAGAAUUCAGCCUCAAUUUUGCUUUCA